AUGGCGGCCCGAUCCCCUUGCCCGCCGCCUCCCUCCCCCCUCCCCGCCCCUUCCCACCCCCGCCCCGGGCGCCGCUCCCCUCUCCCGCCGCCGCCGCGGCCGCCAGCUCCCAGCGGGAGAGGAGGGAGCGGGGGAGCGCGGCUGCGGGCCCCUCGCCCCGCCCAAGGCCAGCGGGCGGCUCCCGGCGCGCGGCCUCCAGAAGACCCUCGCCCGCCCGGCUGCGCGCCCUGGGAGUGGGUGAAGGGCGCGGAGAGGUUGGCGGCGGUGCGGCGCGGGUCUUCGGCGCAGCACCUGCCGGACGCUAACCACCCACCGCCGCCACCUCCCGCGCGCCGGCCUCUCCCGGCUCUCUCGCCCCUUCUCUCGCUCUUUCUCUCCCCUCCCUCUGGGUUUCCGUCAUCGCCUGAGCAUUUCCGCCGGGAACAAGCGAGCAGGCGGCGCCGCCGGGGCUGGGACGCGAGGAAGGAUGCAGCGUCCCCGUGUGGCUCGGCGGAUAAACGGCCCCGGGGGAGGGCGCCGGGGGUGGCUCCGUUUUUCCCCUCCUCCCUUCUCUAUCCUCCUUCCCAACUUGGGGUCGGGACUAAUAUCUCCUGGUCCUUCCUUCACACCUUUUCUCUGGGAACUUAG